AUCUUAUGGAAGUUACUGCGAAGUUGAUAAUUAUUUGAUAAAAAUAAAUCCAAGAAAGUAAUUAUCUGCUUUAUAAUAUCAGUUUUGAUGUGUAAUUUUUUUUAAGUAAAUGUCACCACUUUCUGUUUAUUUUUAAAUCUUUAAUUCAGUUUAAGUUAUAUUUGUAGUAUUUAAUUUAUAGAAAGGAAGAAAGAUGGGAUUAGAUGUUGUAACUGUUUGUUAUGCCCUAGCCGUUGCCGGAGGUGGUAUAUUAGGAUACAUCAAAGCUGGUAGCACAAGUUCUCUCCUUGCUGGAUUAGGUUUUGGUAGUGUUUUAGGUUAUGGUGCAUAUCAAACUUCCUUAGAUGGAAAGAAUUUUCUUGUAUCAAUUAUUGCCACAUUUACUUUGGGAGUUAUUAUGACUUAUCGAUUUUACUAUUCUGGUAAAUUUAUGCCUGCUGGUUUAAUAGGUUGUAUGAGUUGUCUGAUGAUGAUAAGAAUUUUGUACAAACAUACACUUUCACUGUAAUCUUGCUAUGGUAUUAUUUUUUAACGAGAUUAAACUAUGGGGGAAAAACAAAACAUUGUGGAAUGGGAUAUUGAUUUGUUGAAUAUUAUAUGAUGUGUUAUUAUAACUGCUGUAUGAAGUGUAAAACUAUAUAUGCUAUAGUUGGCAUUUAUGCAUUGUUUAUUCUAACUAUGUCAAAUGUUAUAAAAUCGAAGCGGAUACUGUUUACAUUCCUGUUAUCAAAUUAUGUGAUGUUUUCCAUGUAUAUAUAUUAUUUUAAGUUCCAUUCUAAACUAAAUUAUUAAAAAAAAAAUUUAUCAAAAUAUUUUACAGUAAAAGAGGACAAGUUUUUCAUAACUUUUAAUAAUUUUUUUGAUAUCUAUAAAGGAAUCAGAGUUGCUGAUUUUAUUAAUGACUUCUUAUUUUUUUGUUAAAUUAUUUGAUUCGUGUAGAGCUCUUAUUUUGACUUAUUUUUUUGUAAUUUUGUUUCAAAAUUGUUUGGAAGCAAAUAAAAAUUAUUUCUUUGAUUAUUGACUUGAAAACUAUCUAUUUUAUAUUUCUUUAACCACUAACUAUUAAUUUAUUUAAAAUAAAAUUUACUGAACUGAUUGAGUGAUUGAUGAUUUUUAGCUUCAUUUAUAAUUUCAUUAACUUCAUUCAUCAUUAACUUCAAUUAUAAAUAUGGACCUUUAUUUUGCUAGUGUAAAGUACUUCAAGCAUUUUAAACUAUUAUUAAAACUUAAUGUGUACCCAUUACUGGUUAUUACUAGGUACUUUUUUAAAACCAUUCAAAAAUUAAAAUUCUUUUAAUUUUUUAUGAAUGCAAACAAUUUCUACAAUUUAUGAAUGUUGAAAAAUAGGUAUUAUUAAAUAAUUUUUAUUACAGAAAAUUCUUGUCAAAAAAUUAUCUUAUUCACUUAACUGUUCUGUUAAUCUAAACCCUCUUUAACGCGUUGAAUGCCAUGGGGCUCACUGGUGACUGACACUGAGUUUGUUCAUAGCGCAACGGGGGUUAUUGGUGACUGGCGAAGCCAAGAUUAUUAGAAAAACGUAAUUUGAGUAAAUUUUUAAUGCUUUUAAUUUUUUUUAUUAUUAUCGUUACUAAAAUGGUUUGAAGAAACUAAUGCAAUAUAGAACACACAAAAAUCAUUUUGACCAGACGGGCAAGCCAUAUUAAAUUAGUGUGGCAUUCAACAUGUUAAGCUUUUUACUUUCCACUGUUGCCAUUAUAAGUACAAAACAUGAAUCCACCAGAGAGGACUGUCACUUGAAAUUUUUCUCCACCAAAAAUAAGGGGAAUGUGUGACAACGGAGACUUUGAUGUUUGAGAUGAAGGGAGAAAAGAAAAUGUAACAACAUGUUUGCUCUAUCUCUAUUACAGCUCUAUGGUUGACAUCCCUGCAUGUGUAGUUUCAAUUAUUGUGGAUUUGCCUUUAAAAUUUUUUCCCUUCCAAUUUUUUUUCUCUUUUUCAAUUCUUGGAACUUCUUGUGGCAACUUAUCCUUGACUAAGCAACUUAUGAAAUAUUAAGCUAGGCAAAUGAGAAGUGUACAUUUUUAUUUCAAAUGAAUCCCCCCCCCCUUCUGAUUUAGUUGUUUUAUAGGUUAUCCGCAUAAUUAAAAAAAAUUGCCACCUCGUUGUCACAUAAUUUUUAAGGGAUCUAGUGUUAUGUUUGCACUAGUUGAAAAAGAAAAUUUUUUCUGCUUUUAUUGUUUAAAAAAUUAUUUAAAAUUAUCAGCUUCUAAUGAAGUUCUAAUUCGAAAAUCCAGAACUUAAAUGCAUUUUAUUGAAAAUAAUUAGAUUGUAAAUUUGAUAAGAUUAAUAUGAAAAAAAUUAUUAAUAAAGAUUUUUUAAAGUGGUA